CCGCCCCGUCUACAUGGAGCCCACCACGGACCCACUCGCGGAGCGGGUGCUGGAGACGCCCGUGCGCCUCAUGCGCGUCGUGUGGGCGUGGCCAGACGCUACUCGCAGCGCCCUCAAAGCGAACGUCGCCCACAUCAUCCUCUUCAAGUCCAUAUUCUGGGUCACCAUGGCGUCCGUGGUGUACAUCGCGUGGGGCCAGUAUGACAACAUGGUUACUGUCCUCAGCAGCACCAGCGACAUCGUGGCCGGGUUUGUGGUGAUGUGUAAGAUCCACUACAUCUUCCGGAACGGCGAUCAGCUACGGGAGAUGCGUUCGGCCUUGCAGUACUCGUUUCAAGGGGUGGAGGACAUGCUUGCACCCGAGGAAGCCCGAGAAGCUAACAGACGCUGCCUCGACAAGGCGAGGAAGUUCUGCCGGUACAUGAUGCUCCUCUACGCCCCGCUCGCUGCAAGUGGCGUGGGCCUCAACGUGGCCAACAUGUUCCUGAGCCGGGAGACGCGCCAGUUCAACAUCAAGGUGCCUGCUUUCGUGACGCAGACGGACUGGAUCUACUGGCCACUCUUCUUUUGCUCCAUGAUUCUGUUUACGUCCUUCAUGUUCAUGAGUGGUGGUUUCGACACGCUUUUCCUGUCGCUGUGUAUGCACAUGCGUUGCAAGUGCGAGAUUUUGAGGAAACUCUUUCGACACGCCAACCAGAGAAACGCCGGUCCUGGCGAGGGCCGUGAGUACGAGUACUGGCACCACGACGGUACAGAUUAUGGAAACGCCCCAACGGCGCUCUCGACUCGCUCCAGUCGGGAAGUGGAGGCAGCGCUCCGAGCGUGCGCCUACUACCACCAACAGCUCAUCAAAAUUCGAGACACGACGGAGCUUGUCUUCAACAAUGUCACCUUAAUAUUGAUGGCAUAUCUUUUGCUGGGACUUGGCAUUCCCGCUCUACGUAUGAUGUAUGACACUUUGGACGCCUCCGCAGCCGUUUACCUGAUGCUCUACACCACCUGGAAUUUCGCACAACUUUUGUUCUAUUGCUGGUUCGCAGACACCGUGGCAUACUCCGUGAGCGCUUUCACUGGUGGAUAG